AUGGCACCGGUCCUUUCGGCUGCAUUAUUUUCUCUGCCUCUGCCGCCUUGGUUACAGCCCGCUAGUUCUCGAGUCGAACAAUAUGAUCGCAAGAAACGAAAGAGGCCCGCCGAGUGGACCGACACGGAUGGAGAGGGCGCCGAUACGACCGAUGCAGCCUCGGUGGUGGACUCCCAGCCAGGUGGACAGUCGCUGGUCCUAACUCCCAAUGAAGUUACUCAAUAUCGAGCAGCCGGUCUGUCUCUCGAUCAGGAACUGCCAGGAGGGAAUUUUCCCCACGCCCCAGUCAAGUCAGAGCACUCCAACCCGGAAAAUUUGCCGAGCCAUCUUCUUAGAGGCUUAUCGUCUUUGUCAACGCCCAUAUUCCCUCCGCAAACCCCUGCGCAUCAAGGCAACCUCCGCCUCCAACAUCUCGCCGUGUUGACGGCUAUUCUCCAUCGUUGUUUGUUGGAAGGAGACUACGUACGAGCUGGAAGAGCAUGGGGCUUGAUACUCAGGGAGGAUUUCAGAGGAUUUCCGGUCGACGUACGGAACGAAGGAAGAUGGGGCAUCGGGGCAGAGAUCUUACUGCGUAGAAACAAUCAAGACGCAUCGGUCCCAACUAACUCUGGUGACCGCACCCCUCUACCUUUCACCAAGAAAGGCUUUGCGGAGGCAAAAGACUACUACGAGAGACUCAUAUUGAACCAUCCAUAUAUGAAAACAGCCCCCAAUGCUGUUUCCGCCCUACACUUUUACCCUGCGAUGUUCGGUUUAUGGAUCUAUGUAGCCCAGGAGGAGAGCACUUUUGCACGAGAGCAGAUCAAACAAGAUGCGGAUGAUUUCUCUGACGAAUAUUCCGAUAACGACACUUCAUCUAUCGACUUCGAUCGUCGGCAGUCUGAUAAGCGACAAAAGUUGAUUGCAAGGAUUCGGGAACAAGAACUAGACCAAGCGCAGCAGAUUGCAACUCGGCUUGACUCCCUUUUGGGUUCGCCUCCUUAUUCAGAUUGCACCGAACUAUUAGAGCUUCGCGGCAUGGUAUCCCUUUGGAUCGGCGAUUUGCUGCUCUCAUCUUUGGAGUCACCUCCCGACCCAGAAGAUGACCUCAGAUCUGAUAUACCCCCCCAUGGGUGA